AUGUUGAUGUCUGGUGACACGAAAAAAAGGAGUGUAGCGCCUCUACUUUUCAAUUUCAUUUGUCGAUUGCUACUUCAGCUUCUUGCUCAGCCGUCCUUUCGUUCAAAACCCUUCAUACUCGCUGGAAGAGAUACAACCUCGGCGGCUUUGACGUGGUUCUUCUGGUUACUUUACAAGAAUCCAACGAUCGAAAGUGAAGUUGUGAACAAAGUCAAAGACAAAGAGAAUUCAGAUUCUUCCAUUUACGAUGAAGUGAAGGAUAUGGUUUAUACUCAUGCUAGUCUCUGCGAAAGCAAGAAGCUUUACCCUCCAGUUCCGGUGGACACGAAGCAGGCAAGCUCCAACGAUGUUUUACCGGAUGGGGACCGUCGUGAAGAAAUGGAUGAUGGGUCAGGGUUCAGGGGGAGUGAACCAUUUGUUUCUAAUCUAAUCUCAUUCACGUUAGAUAGACUAAUUCCACAUGUUUUUCAUGGUGCACACCACCUGUUUGCAGCAACAACAUUGACUGCAUUGCAUUUUAUGACUACCACAUUGAUGGCCCUUGUUGUUAGGUGGUUGGGCUACAUCCAACCCUCACAUCUUCCCACUUCAGAACUUAUGAAGUUUGUCCUGUUUUCCAACUUCUCCAUUGCUGGAAUGAACAUCCCAGGCAACAAAGCUGAGUAUGAGUCCUUAAAGCUUCUUCAGGUGAUAUGUGUUAAAGGACUUGGUAGAUCAUCAUCUGGUGGAAUCUUGAGUUCCAUUAUUUAUGAAGCCAAUGAGAUUGCUUCUUCUGUUCUAGCAAGUAUCACAAAUCAAAGUAAGAAAAAUAAAGGGAAUUUCAAUCAAGUGAAUUUAGAUAAAGAUAAAGGUAUAGGGGAAUCAUCUACAGAAAGUACACUAGAUGGGAAUAAUGAUGUCCAGAUGACAAAACUGAAAGCAGUGCUUGAUCAAGAAACAUGGGUUAAAGUAGAUGUGCCUAAUGAAUUCCAGGGAAUUGUGGAUUCCCUUUUUAGCUUGGAAUCUUUAGGAGUUGGUGAUUCCGAUGAUAAAAGCUACAACGAACUUGCAGUUAAUAAUGUUAAAGCAAAGAAUGAACAUGGAAAAUCUGGUACUCAUUUGAUCUCAUUUAGAGGUGUUGGGUACCACAUGCACUUUCAUCUGAAAUCUAUUUUUUUUGUUGUUAUGGGCCUCAAAGCCAUAGAAGAUAGCAUGUAUCUUCUAAGUGCAGUUCUAUUGGAUAAGAAGCCCGAUGAGGUUCCCAUGCUUGUAGAAUCUGUGCUAAGUAAGGUCAUGGAAGAGUUUGAGAAUCGCAUCACUAGUCAAGUUGAACUGGAUUUUCGUGUUGUUUUUGAUCUAGAGUUGGGAUUGAUAUUGAAGCUAAGAGAGAUGAUGAUUGGUUGGAUACAUGAAAGGGUUUCAGAGCUUCUUUAG